AUGAAGGAGGACUGGGUUUCUGUGUUUGGCAAACAAGAGAGAUAUCUGCAAGCCAACAACAGAGAAUUUAACAGUCUGUUUGGAUAUCCGAACAAUAGCAUCAAGACCUCAAAAUAUAAUGCCUUUAACUUCUUGCCUAUGAACCUGUUUGAACAGUUCCAGAGACUUGCAAAUGCAUAUUUCCUCUUUUUGCUUUUCCUACAGUUGAUUCCCCAGAUCUCCUCCUUGGCAUGGUACACGACUGUGGUACCCCUGAUGGUGGUGCUGUCCAUAACAGCAGUGAAAGAUGCCAUCGACGACGUGAAAAGGCACCAAAACGACAAUCAAGUCAACAGUCGUUCUGUUCUGGUGCUGAUGGAUGGCAGGAUGGUGACAGACAAAUGGAUGAAUGUCCAAGUGGGAGACAUAAUAAAACUAGAAAAUAAUCAGGUUGUCACGGCUGAUAUACUAUUACUCUCUAGCAGUGAGCCCUACAGUCUGACAUAUAUAGAAACAGCAGAACUGGACGGUGAAACCAACUUGAAAGUGAAGCAAGCCAUCUCAGUUACCAGUGAGAUGGAAGAUAACCUGAAGCUGCUGUCUGCCUUUGAUGGAGAAGUGAGGUGUGAGUCUCCCAAUAACAGGUUGGACAGAUUCACAGGAAUACUGAUUUAUAAAGGAAAAAAUUACGUACUGGAUCAUGACAGGCUGAUUCUCCGAGGCUGCAUCAUCAGGAAUACAGAUUGGUGCUAUGGCUUGGUAAUUUUUACUGGACCAGACACCAAAUUAAUGCAGAACAGUGGAAAGUCCACUUUUAAACGGACACACAUAGACCAUCUCAUGAAUGUCCUUGUGCUCUGGAUUUUCCUGUUUUUAGGCAGCAUGUGUUUUGUCCUAGCAGUUGGUCAUUGCAUUUGGGAAAACAAGAAAGGCUACUACUUCCAGGAUUUUCUGCCAUGGAAAGAAUAUGUCUCUUCAUCAGCUGUCUCUGCCGUCCUUAUAUUCUGGUCCUACUUCAUUAUUCUCAACACCGUGGUGCCUAUUUCCCUCUACGUCAGUGUUGAGAUAAUAAGAUUGGGCAACAGUUUCUAUAUCAACUGGGAUCGGAGGAUGUUUUAUCAACUAAAGAACACACCAGCACGGGCUUGUACCACCACCCUUAAUGAGGAGCUCGGCCAGGUCAAAUACGUGUUCUCCGACAAAACAGGGACCCUGACUCAGAACAUCAUGAUUUUCAACAAGUGUUCUAUUAAUGGGAAAUUCUAUGGUAUGCAUAUUUUUCUGCUUUCCCUGAAUCAUGCUAAAACAGAAAAGGUCGACUUCUCCUACAACAAACUGGCUGAUCCUAAGUUUUCAUUUUAUGACAAGACUUUGGUGGAAGCAGUGAAAAGGGGAGAUCGCUGGGUACACUUGUUUUUCCUAUCACUCUCAUUGUGUCAUACCGUGAUACCAGAAGAGAAAGUAGAAGGUGAGCUGACUUACCAGGCUCAGUCCCCAGAUGAAGGUGCCCUGGUCACUGCUGCCAGGAACUUUGGCUUUGUGCUCCGUUCCCGCACGUCUGAGACAGUCAUGGUAGUCGAAAUGGGGGAAACCAGAAUCUACCAACUACUGGCUAUUUUGGACUUCGACAAUGUACGCAAGAGGAUGUCUGUUAUUGUGAGGACACCUGAAGAUCGCGUAAUGUUAUUCUGCAAGGGUGCAGACACGAUCCUCUGUCAGCUGCUUCAUCCAUCCUGUAGAUCCCUCAGAGACGUGACCAUGGAACAUUUAGAUGAUUUUGCCAGUGACGGCCUUCGCACCCUCAUGGUGGCCUACCGAGAACUGGACAAUGCAUUCUUCCAGGACUGGAGCAGGAAGCAAAGUGAAGCCUAUCUGUCUUUGGAGAACCGGGAAGAUAAAAUAUCAAUGGUCUAUGAAGAGAUCGAAAAAGACCUGAUGCUGUUAGGGGCCACAGCCAUAGACGACAAGCUGCAAGAUGGAGUACCUGAGACGAUCAUCACCCUGAACAAAGCCAAAAUUAAAAUCUGGGUUUUAACUGGAGAUAAGCAAGAGACUGCUGUGAACGUUGCCUAUGCCUGUAACAUAUUUGAGGAUGAAAUGGAUGGGAUGUUUAUCGUGGAAGGCAAGGAUGAUGAGACAGUUCGGCGAGAACUCAGGUCAGCAAGGGAAAAAAUGAAACCUGAGUCUCUACUGGAAUCAGACCCAGUAAACAGUUACCUCACCACAAAUCCCCGAAUGCCCUUCAAAAUACCCGAGGAGAUGCCCAAUGGCAACUACGGCUUGAUCAUCAAUGGCUACAGUCUGGCCCACGCUCUAGAAGGGAACCUGGAGUUGGAACUGCUGCGAACGGCGUGCAUGUGCAAGGGAGUGAUCUGCUGCCGGAUGACACCCCUUCAGAAGGCCCAGGUGGUAGAUCUGGUGAAGAGGUACAAGAAGGCGGUGACACUGGCCAUCGGGGAUGGGGCCAAUGACGUCAGCAUGAUCAAAGCUGCCCACAUUGGAGUCGGCAUCAGUGGCCAGGAGGGAAUGCAGGCCAUGCUCAACAGUGACUACACCUUCUCCCAGUUCCGCUAUCUUCAGCGUCUACUCUUGGUCCAUGGCCGCUGGUCCUAUAAUCGCAUGUGCAAGUUUCUCAGCUACUUCUUUUACAAAAACUUUGCCUUCACUCUGGUGCACUUCUGGUAUGCCUUCUACAGCGGGUUCUCUGCACAGACAGUUUAUGAUACCUGGUUUAUCACUUUCUACAACCUGGUCUACACCUCCCUCCCUGUCCUGGGCUUGAGUCUGUUCGACCAGGAUGUGAAUGAAACAUGGAGCCUACGUUUCCCAGAGCUGUAUGAGCCAGGCCAGCGCAACCUCUAUUUCAACAAGAAGGAAUUUGUGAAGUGUUUAAUGCAUGGGAUCUACAGUUCCUUAGUGCUGUUCUUUAUCCCUAUGGGGACCGUUUACAAUUCAGUGCGCAGUGAUGGGAAGGAAAUCUCCGACUACCAGUCCUUCUCCAUGAUAGUGCAGACCUCCUUGCUCUUUGUGGUCACAAUGCAGAUUGCCCUGGAGACAAUCUACUGGACAAUGAUAAGCCACAUCUUCACCUGGGGUAGCCUGGGUUUCUACUUUUGCAUCUUAUUCUUCCUGUACAGUGAUGGCUUGUGCCUAAUGUUCCCCAACAUCUUCCAGUUCCUAGGUGUGGCCAGGAACACUCUGAACCUGCCGCAAAUGUGGCUGAGUAUUGUCCUCAGCGUGGUCCUCUGUAUGUUGCCUGUGAUUGGGUACCAAUUUCUCAAACCACUAUUCUGGCCCGUCAGUGUGGACAAGAUUAUUGACAGAAUUCAUCAUUGCAUGAGACAUCCACUGCCACACCCAAUCCGGACCAAACUGAAACAUGCAAGCUCUCGACGUUCUGCCUAUGCGUUCUCCCACAAACAGGGCUUUGGGGCCCUCAUCACUUCCGGCAAGACAAUGAGGGCCAAAAUGCCCAAGAAAAACAGCUUUCCUUUUAAAAAGUAGAGGCCUUUACGGAAGCCCUAAAGGAGUCAGUCAUUGCUCUUCCUCCCUUGUAUUCACACAACUUAAUAAGGAGAGAUUAGAGUCCCUGGAAACCAGCAUAAACCUGUUCUUCCACUCUCACUCCAGGGGCUCAGCUUCUUCAUUCCCUAGAAGGCUAUGCCCAGGUAAGACAAGGAAAGGUAGAGGGCCCCCCCGACAUCUGUCAGAGUUACAGCAUUUCAAGAAAAAGCGAUGUCAGGCCUCCCUCUACCAACCCUUCCAAGUUUUAAUCCAUACAAGCAAAUGUGGAAAUAAUGGGUGAAGAGGGGGAAUGUGGGGAAGGGAAAAGAAAAUAGGACCUAAGAAUCUUAGUUUGGGCCCUAUUUCCCACACCCAGAGCAACCAUAAAUUUUGCCAGGGCUCCCCACAAACAUAUUCACCCAGGCACCCUUCUCAGGUUUAUCUGAGGGAU